AGGUCAACAACAGAGCGGUGUACUCCGCAGCGCUAGGCAGUCACGCAGUCAGUCGCUUGUUCUGAUCGGGUGUGGAAGCAGACAUCGGUCAUGGCGCCACAGACAGGUUCGCAAUGCGGCCCGGGGUACAGGAGUCCUCUGGACGCCAUGAGACGCGGCCCGCGGGAACAGAUCCUGUACAUACCGUGCAUACAGCCUACCCCUCAGGAGACGCACCGCUCCGACUACCUGGCCACAGUAGACGUGGACCCCAGUAGCCCCACGUACAGCAAGGUGAUCCACCGCCUCAAGAUGCCCGCGGUGGGUGACGAGCUGCACCACUCCGGGUGGAACGUGUGCAGUAGCUGCUACGGGGACCCCUGCAAGACACGCGACAAGCUGGUGCUACCCUCCUUGGGCAGUGACCGCAUCUACAUCGUGGACACCGGCACAGACCCCAAGUCGCCCCGUCUCCACAAGGUGAUUGAGGGGGAACUACUCAGAGCUCUGAACGUCGCGACGCCCCACACGACGCACUGCCUGGCGUCCGGUGAGAUCAUGAUCUCUGUUCUGGGUGACAAGAACGGUAAUGGCAAGGGCGACUUCCUGCUCAUCGACGCGCACACCCUCGAGCUGAAAGGCCUGUGGACGCAGGGCGAACAGAAAGCCAAAUUCGGUUACGACUUCUGGUACCAGCCGCACUGGGACGUCAUGGUUUCCUCGGAGUGGGGGGCACCGAAGAGUUUCAAGAAAGGUUUCGUUCUUCCCGACACCCAGGAUGAAGAGCUGUACGGGCGAUCACUGAACGUCUUCUCGUGGAAGGAACGUCGCCUGGUACAGACGAUCGACCUGGGACCUCAAGGCAUCACCCCGCUGGAGAUCAGGUUUCUGCAUGACCCGCGGCAGGCCCAGGGCUUCGUGGGCUGCGCGAUGUACUCCAAAGUGUUCAGGUUCUUCCGGCAGGAUGACGGGACGUGGGCGGCGGAACUCGUGAUCGACAUACCUGCCAAGAAGGUGGACGGGUGGAUACUGCCCGAGAUGAAUGGCCUGAUGUCGAACAUCAUCCUGUCCCUGGACGACCGCUUCCUGUUCUUCAGCAACUGGCUACACGGAGACGUCCGUCAGUACGACGUGAGUGACCCCCAGAACCCUCGUCUUGUGGGUCAGAUCUUCCUGGGAGGCAGCAUACAGAAGGAUGGGCCAGUCAGGGUCGUGGAGGACAAGGAACUGUCGGAACAACCGGAACCUGUAAUCCUGAAAGGACAUCGCCUCUAUGGAUCACCCCAAAUGCUGCAGCUCAGUCUGGACGGGAAGCGUCUCUACGUCACUUCCUCUCUCUACUCUCCCUGGGACAAGCAGUUCUACCCGGAUGUCGUUGAGAAGGGCUCAUUCUUGGUGAUGCUCAACGUGGAUACGGAGAAGGGCGGCUUGACCCUUAACCCUGACUUCCUGGUGGAUUUUGGAAAGGAGCCUGACGGCCCUGUCCUGGCACAUGAGAUCAGGUACCCCGGGGGAGACUGCACUUCAGACAUCUGGUUGGCGGAAACGGAAGAGGACUGAGAAACAUGGUCACUGCAACUCGGAUGUUCUUUGUAUCUAGACAUGUACAGAAGGGCUGAACAUCAGAGUAACUCUCUCCACAUAGAGCCUCUUCUACUGAAGACACCAUUUUUAAACCAGUUUCCAUAUUGGACCUUUUUAAAUCUCACAGUAGCCAUAAAGUGCCUCAUUUGCUUGGCUGACACAAAGUGUAUAUUGUUGUGCACUACACGUCACGUGACUGCCUAAUUUGUAGCAAUAGGCGUAGGGUGCUUAAAAAUGUUACCAUAAUUUGUAAAUCGUGAGCCAGAUGAAUUAUAAAUAAUCACAAUACAUAAUUUCA